AUGAACCUAGAUUCUUUGUCAUUUGCAUUGUCGCAAGUCAGUUAUUUGGCAGCAAAUUUAACAAAGAAACAUUUCAAGUCUAGUGUCCAAGAAAUAACAACGAGCUUAAACCCACAUCCUCAUCUUCUGCCAAAUUUAAGUAAAGUGCUUAAACUUACCCAGGUGCAAGAAGUAGCAUUUGGACUUGCACUUCUUCAUUCUUCACAUGGUGAUAUCUGUAAUUACGCAAUCCAAUUUGUAAAAGAGAAGAUCCCAGAACUUUUACAGGCUUACACUAACUCAGGAGGUCUAGAACAAAGCUUGCAGGAUUUUUCAACCGAGUUUGUUCAUCUGUUGUUAAUCUUUAUCCUCCAUACUUCCAAAGACAAAGCUGGGCUGAGCAGUGAAGAUAAAGAAGCUUUUUUGCAAACUCUGAGAAGAGACUUUCCUCAAGAAAAAGUACCAGUUAUUUUGGCACCCUUGUUAUACCCCACAAAACAGGAUAUUUUUAUGGAAAAAGCAGUUUCUGUGUCAAGAACAAUGGCUAAAGAGAUUGAUGAUUCAGUGGUAGACCUUGUUAGAGAAAUAGGGUACUUUUUUACCGCAAGCCUCGAUGCUUGCAAGUCAAACUUGAUUAAUUUAUGCCAGAACCAGAUCACACCAUCAAUUGUGGCAAGAAUUUUGGGCUUGAUGGCAAGAACACAUACUGGGCUGGGUGAUGGUAUUUUACUUCAGGAAUAUGGUGUAGAGGCAAGAGGUAUGCGGGAUGUUUCUAAGAAGUCAGAAGGACACUCCAACUGGAAUGUGGAUGUUUUUGUUCAAGCCCUUAAUGAGCUAGUACCAUCUUUGAAUUGGAAGGAUGUAGUAUGGGAAUUGGAUCAUUCUGGUUUUAUAGUGAAAGACAGAGAGGGUAUAAAACUUUUGUGGCAUUCAUUGAUGAUAGGACUAGACCAUAACAUAUUUCCAUCUGAGUAUAUAUUUAGACAUUGGAGAAAUUCUGAAGGACAGCUCUCACUAUUUCAACAAAUUUUAAAGAACUCAGAUGUAUUAUGCCUUUUGGAUUACAGCUGUAACACUAUUGAAACUGAUAUUUUAAAACCCCCACCAGAGAAGAACAGAGAUAUUUCUAAUUGGAUGUCUGUGGACUUGGUAGAAACUCUUCUUCACCUUUCAGAUGUAGGUUAUUACAGGUCAGUACAAGAACUUUUUAAGUUUCCCAUCCAAAACUGUCCUGAUGUAUUGGCUUUGGGUCUUCUACAAAUUUCGAGCCCUUUACACCUCUUACAACAAGAAAUUUUGUCCAACUUGAUUCCUAUAUUUUUAGAAAAUCAUCCCAAUUCAGCUAUAGUUCUGCAAUAUGCUUGGUAUUCAGAGGUCCAUUCUGCCACAGUUAGACCUAUCGUCAUGCAUGCUAUGAUUGAAUGGUGUGUUAGAGGAGAUUAUGACCAUAGUCAUCUAUCACGAAUAUUGGAUGUAACACAAGAUUUGAAAGCUUUGUCUGACUUAAUGAAUUCUACUUCAUUUCCCUUUGUUAUAGACUUAGCAUGUAUGGCAUAUCGACGAGAAUAUGUGAAGCUGGAUACGUGGUUAUCAGAGAAGAUUGAAGAACAUGGAGAGCGUUUUAUUCAAGCUUGUGUUAGUUUCUUAAAGAGACAUUGUCCAAAGAUGAUGGGAGAAUUAGUGAAAGAAGAUAAGACUUCAAAUCUUGCACAUCCUUCACCAGAAAUCAUAAUUACGAUGUUGACGUGCCUGCAAAAUUUUCCUGGCAUUUCCAAAGAACUCAUGGAGGCAGUCUUAGCAAUUACGAAGAAGUACUAUGCAUUAUUGAGCAAACUUAGUCAUCCUCCUACUGGUGUACUAAAUACCCCUCAUGACCCACAACCAGUUUUCUUGGCUGCAACUAUGGGAGAAUCAGCUAAUCCUUUUGAUAGCUUAGGUGGUCUUAAUACAUCAAUGGGUAAUCUGUAUGUGGGAGAUGUCACCAAUUUUGCCAGCAGUAGUGCUCCAGAUUAUCCCUUCAGUGCUGGCUUAAGUUCGUUUCCACAACCAACUCCAGGUUCUCCUGUAAAGCUUCUCCAAGUUGCAAAUCCAGUUGUUCAAACUGGACCAUCUCUAAGUCAGAAUCCUUUUUCUAGCAUCAUACCAUCCUUUCAGUCUCAAUUACCUGGUCUGCCUGGACAAUUACCUGGACUGCCUGGACAAUUUGGUUCAAGUAUUGGUAUGGUUAUAUCGCCUGCUAUUAGUUUGGCCCCACCAGUGACUGGAUAUGUUCCACCUACUGUUGAUCAUUUGAGACAAGAUGAUAUAUCAACUAUAUUAUCAGAGGUGAACAUGCAUAUGUCCAAAGAAGUAGAAGAUGAAGCUAAUGGCUACUUUAAAAGAAUAUAUAGGCAUUCUUCUCACCCACCUAUAUUGAUUGAUGAAGUUUUGCAGAUGUUGAGGAAGUUCCAAGAGUCUCCUAUUAAAAGGGAAAGGGACAUGUUCAACUGUAUGCUACGAAAGUUGUUUGAGGUGUACCACUUUUUACAUCAACACUCUGACCAAGAACUUUUGAUAACUGCAGAAAUCUUUGGAGGCAUUGUUGAACAAGGCCUUGUAACUUACGUGUUCUUGGGCUUGAUAUUACGCUGCAUAUUUGAUGCACUCAAAAAUCCUUAUGGAAACAAGAUGUAUUACUUUGGAAUAAUAGCUCUUGACAGGUGUAAAAGAAGAUUAAAAGAAUUCCCCCAAUACUGUUGCCAUCUUUCAUCUAUCAGUCACUUUCUAGAUUUUCCUGCUCAUUUGAUUGAGUUUAUUCAGUAUGGAGCUUGCUCCCAGGACCCACCAAACCAUCCCCAGGGUGUGCCUUUACCACAAAGUAUGGUUAUUAUGAGUUCUGGUAUUGGUCCUAUAGUUCCUGUAUCAGUUCACACUUCUUCUACUAUAUAUACCUCUUCAACUGCCAUAACUACUUUGGCUAAAAAAACCUCAACUAUUGGAACUGCAAGGCCAUCAAUUGCCAAUACCACUAACAUUGACACAUUACUGGUAGCAACUGAGAAAGGAGAGAAGAUGAUGUUUCCUCCUGAAUCGGUUCAAGAUAAAGUGGAAUUUAUCAUUAACAACCUUUCACAAAUAAACCUGGUACAAAAGACAGAAGAGUAUAAAAAAUUGGUGAAGGAAGAAUACAGGCCAUGGGCUGCCCAGUACAUGGUGAUGAAGAGAGUAUCCAUUGAGCACAAUUUCCACACAUUGUACUCCAACUUUCUAGAUAAAGUACGUCUACCAGAUCUUAGAAAACUGAUAGUGCAUGAAACCUUACGCAACAUCAAGGUUCUUCUACGAAGUGACAAGGGAAUUGAAAACUUUUCAGAUCGCUCUUUGUUGAAGAACUUGGGCCAUUGGUUAGGAAUGUUGACUUUGGCAAAAAAUAAACCAAUUUUGCAAAUAGAUAUAGACAUAAAAGCACUUCUCAUUGAAGCUUACCAUAAAGGACAGAAAGAAUUACUUUAUGUAGUUCCCUUUGUUGCCAAAAUUUUAGAGUCCUGUGCCAAAAGUCGAAUUUUCAAGCCACCCAACCCAUGGACAAUAGGAAUCAUGAGUGCUUUAGCAGAGUUACACCAAGAACCAGAAUUAAAAUUGACACUAAAGUUUGAGAUUGAAGUCCUAUGUAAGAAUCUUUCUUUGGACAUAAAUUGGCUUUCUCAGCCAUUUUCCAGCAUUAUGACAUCAUCUCGUUCUUUCGAUACAAAUCUUCAUGCUGGUAAG